CGGGACAUAAAUCGUAUCUUUUUAGCGUUUAAAAUCAUCGAAAACACGGUUCAAAACUGUAAAAAUGGACAAGAGCGAUCUGGUGCAGAAAGCCAAGCUAGCCGAACAGGCCGAGCGGUAUGAUGACAUGGCAGCAGCAAUGAAAGCUGUGACUGAAGGUGGUGUGGAGCUUUCCAAUGAAGAGCGCAACUUGCUCUCUGUGGCUUACAAGAAUGUGGUGGGUGCCCGGCGCUCAUCCUGGCGCGUCAUCUCAAGCAUUGAGCAGAAGACCGAGGGGAAUGAGAAGAAGCAGCAGAUGGCUCGCGAGUAUCGUGAAAAGAUCGAGACCGAACUACAGGACAUUUGCAGUGAUGUGCUGGGUCUUUUGGAGAAGUACCUCAUUGCCAAUGCCUCUCAAGCAGAGAGCAAGGUUUUUUACCUGAAAAUGAAAGGCGAUUACUAUAGAUAUUUAUCUGAGGUAGCAUCCGGAGAGUCCAAGGCCACCACGGUUGAGAACUCUCAGAAGGCUUACCAGGAUGCUUUUGACAUAAGCAAGAAGGACAUGCAGCCCACGCACCCUAUACGGUUGGGUCUUGCCCUCAACUUCUCCGUUUUUUACUAUGAGAUCCUCAACUCUCCUGAGAAUGCCUGCCAACUUGCCAAGACGGCUUUUGAUGAAGCCAUUGCUGAGCUUGACACUUUAAAUGAGGACUCCUACAAAGACAGCACCUUGAUCAUGCAGCUUCUAAGGGACAACCUCACUCUUUGGACAUCAGAAAACCAGGGUGAAGAAGCAGGGGAAAACGAAAACUAGGGGAGCCCUGAUCUCCACACACCCACAUACAUUCAUCUUAAAUACACAAAAGGCUUCCAUCAACUCUCCCACCUCAUUCCACCCAACACCACUCACCCUUCUCUAUUUAGUUCCCAGCCCUGCUCCUCUAUACCCUUUGAAUGAUGAUCAGCACCCGCAGGAAGACGCUCAACGAAACCCUUUAAACAGAUCCCCAGCGGCUGUAAAGGGGGUGGGUUGGCUCACAGGGUUAUACGCUGACGUUAUAGCAGGUCCAAUAAUUUUGUUUGUGAAUUUAAUCUGUACUGAUUAUCAAUCCCUGUUCUUUAUGUGCGUCUGUGUGACUGUAAGUGUGCGCGUGCCACUAACCAAAAGUAACUGUAGUGGCUGUACGUUUGUGCUUGAAAGUGCGAGUGAAUGUAUUGGGGAUCAGAGGUUGUGAAAUCUAAUUGUCCUCCUUGAUAAUUCCCUUUGUUUGACUAUAGCAGGCUGUGCAUUUUCCUUUUUUCUUUAUCUCUCUCUCUCUCUCUCUCUCUUUUUUUUUAGGAUAAUUCAUCUGUAUUUACAGGUUUUAUUGUAUGGUUAUUAAACUGGCAGUUUAUUUUCACCAAA